AUGCGUUUUCGUCAAUGGAUUUCACCGACAUAUAAAAAUCUAUAUGAUGUAUGUUUGAAUCAAGCACCAUUUUAUCAAAACGAAGUUGUCAAAGAAACUAGACCUGAUCAUAAUUAUUGUCGACCAUGGAUUGAAGAUCCAACACUGCCAACGGCACUUCCUCGAGUACAACUAUUUUUUAAUUCAAAUUCCACAAAUGACUCUAAUAUCGAUAUUGAUGAAAAUCCAAAAUCUCCUAUAGAAAAUGUCAAAAAAAUCUAUUGGACACCAACAAUAAAUGCAAUCAUUCCCGAAACAUACGAAUGUCCACAACAACAAUCCGAAGAAAAUCUUACUCAAGAACAAGAAACAUUUCUUGAAGAUGUUCGAGAAUUAAUCAAUGAAACGCGUAUUGCUGGAUUAUGUUGUGAAUCAAAUAAUUGUAAUGUUGUCUAUUGGCGUUUAUCUAUUCAUCGGAUUGUAUCUAAACUUCAUUCACUAUUGUCUCAUCAUUCAAAUUAUACAAAUUUACUUGAUUGGCUUCAUGAAACUGUAUGUAAAACAUUCGAUCGUAUAUCAAUCGGUCAUUAUGUAGAUCUAUUUCAAAUAUUAUAUGAUGAGUAUCCGGAUAUUCGUUCAUUAUUCAUUGAAAAAACUAUAUCAUCAUCAAAGACAAAUCUUAGUUCAUAUGUUUACAAUAAACUACUUCAGAAACCAAAUGAUCUUACCGAAGAAGUUAUCUAUAGUAUAAAUUUACCUUCGUCACCAACGCCUAUUGUUUGUCUUUUAAUUCCUGGUUUAUUGCAUGGAACUCAUAUGGAACGUAUUCAAUUUUGGCAGCGAAAUCUUUCACAAGUAGCAAUUGUUAUGCUUUCGGCAGCAGUCGAAAAAGAUAAUAAAUCAGAACAAGCCCAAAUUCAAACGGCUUAUGAAGAUAUAAUUACAAAAUUUAACGAAAUCCGUCAACUCUAUCCAAAUCACCAUAUAAUGUUUCUUGGUUGGAAUGUCGGUUGUAUUCUUGCAUUGAAAGCUGCACUGGUUUGUUCUGUUUCGUCAAUUAUAUGUAUGUCUCCACCAUUUCAAGCCCUAUCUGAAGAAUCAAAGAAUGAUUUUACUCAAAUAAAUGCAUCUAUUUUAUUUAUAACCGGUGAAAAACAAUAUUCAAAUCAAAUCGAUCAUUAUCGGCAACGACUUAAAAGCCGUAAUGGUCUAAUUGAAUUAGGUCAAUGUGAUGAUAAAUUAUUUAUGUCGGAAAAUGGAAAAUAUCGUUUUCGGUUAACACAACAAUUAAUUGAUAAAUUAAUCAUGGAAGAAAUGCUUGAUUUUAUUACAAUAUUAUCAUCAAAACCAAGUCGAACACAACACGAGGAAAUCGACGAAGAAAAUAAGAAGAAAAAACCCGAUCGUGUUUUUCCUAUUACAUCACCAUACAUAGAAGAUUCAGAAGAACCUUUUAUUUAUAUGGGUUUAAAUUCCAACGAUCAUACAUCAACAACAUUAACUAUUCCACCUGAACACGAUCCAAAUUCAAUAUUUUUAAAUAGUAUUCUUCCAACAACAACAACAACACGAAAACGCAAAGGUUCAACAUUAACAAACACAUCAUUAGAAAAUGGCCGUGCACCAAAAACUGAACCAACAAAACGAGGACGUAAAGGAACAAAAAAUUUACCACCACUACCACCAACAGACGAUAAGGAAUGGGCACCUGGCCCAGAAAAACGUCCUGCUAAAUCAACGACUAAAAAACAAAACAAACAAACACUACUAUUACCACCAGCAGCACCUCUUCCUCCUCUUCCUCCUCCUCCUCCUCCUCGUCCUCCUUCUCCAUCCCUGCCAACAUCAACAACAAGUAUACUAAAUACACUAUUACAAUUACCAGCAAAUCAACCCAAACAACGCACAAAUGAAACAAAUCUAAUAAAAACUAUUCAUCAACCACCGUCAUUUGUAAAUACUGUACUUUCAUCGAAUCCUUUUCAUUAG